AUGGCGAUCAAAAGCGGGAAGCUAGACGGGGGAGAAUCCAGCCGAAAGCCUCCAGUGAGAAGAAAAGAUAAUGAGGUUAGUAAUGUGAAGAAAUAUGAUUCUAAUAACAUUACAGUAUCUCGACCACCGGCCACUGCGUCGUCAGCAUUAAAUCCUGUCCAGCAAGGAGUGAAAGAACCAAGACAGGAAAGAGAAAGGAGAUUAAGAAAAAGAAAUAUCAUCAAUUUCGGUGAUAGUGAGCAGCCGAAUGUGGCUCAGAACCCAUUGCCAAACCAUGCAGGGACAGGGGUUAAUGUUGUUAUUGAAGAAAGAGUGAACAAAGUCAUAACCAAAGUCAAUGAAGUGAAAUCACCCAUGCAUUGGGUAUGGGGGCAAAUGGUAAAAAUAGAUUGGUUGACCUUUAAUGUUAACGGGAAUAAGCAUGCUUGCCCCUACCACCGUUGUGAGGAUCAUGUCAUUCAAAACUGUGAUGAGUUUAAGGCUUUGGUUCAAAGGCUGAUGGAUAGUAAAGACAUGGAAUUUUACCAUGAAGCUAUGGAGGAGGAAGAGGUAGAGAUUUGUGCUUCCGAGGGUACAUCCAAAGGAGUCUACAAUUCCAACUGCCCUCUGGUUAUUAUGCCGAAAGCCCGUACAGUAGAGAAUAUAACCCCAAAAGUGAUGAUCAUACCCCCGUCGUCCUUUCCCUAUAAAGAUAACAAACAGGUCCCCUGGAGGUACGAGUGCCAUCUAGGUGAUGUUGGUGUUUCAAAGGGUACCAAGGAAGAGGUGGAUGAGGUAGGCCACUUCACCAGAAGUGGGAGGUGUUAUUCUCCUAAUCCAACCAAUGAACCCGAAAAAAUAGCAACCCCGGAUAAAGGAAAAAAGGUCGAGAUACAGCUGAAAGAUGAUGAGCCAACAAUUAAUGAGCCUGUAACUGAGAACGAAGCUGUGGAGUUUUUAAAAUUUUUGAAGCAUAGCGAGUACAUCAUCGUCGAGCAACUACACAAGUUGCCAGCUCGCAUCUCAAUCCUGGCUCUACUAUUAAGCUCUGAGGCACAUCGAAAUGCCUUGAUGAAAGUCUUGAAUCAGACUUUUGUGCCAAAAGAUGUGCCAGUAGAAAAGAUAGACCGGUUGGUUGUAAAUAUUCAAGCAGACAAUUUUAUCUCUUUCUCUGAUGAUGAAAUCCCGUCCGAAAUGAUAGGCAAUCCUAAAGCCCUGCACAUUACCAUCAGGUGCAAGGGACAUGUGUUAUCGCGAGUACUAAUCGACAAUGGCUCUGCCCUGAAUGUGAUGCCAUUAGUGACAUUGAAAAAACUGCCGGUUGAUAGUACAUACAUGAGAAAUUGCCAAAGCAUCGUUCGAGCUUUUGACGGAACAAAGAAGGAGGUGUUGGGGAAGAUCGAUAUUCCUUUAACCAUUGGCCCAUCAACCUAUGAGGUCGAAUUCCUUGUAGGAGUUGUGCCAUCCACUUUGCAUCAAAAACUCAAAUUUGUAAUUGAGUGGAGACUGGUAUGCCUUAAUGCUGAGGAAGAUAUCAUUGCUUCCAUAUCUACUACCGCUCCAUAUGUCGAAAUAGAUGAAGAUGCGAUCGAGUGCUCUUUUAGAGCCUUGGAAUUCAUUAAUGCCACCUUUGUUGCCGAAAGAAAGAAAAUUCCGAAGCCUAGGCUAUCCAAUUAUACCAAAAUGGAACUGAAAAUGACUAUGGGAAGAGGAGCCAAGGUUGGAAGAGGGCUAGGAAGCCCCCUACAAGGAAAUAUUAGUCCAGUUUUUCCUGGUAUUAAGCGAGACCGUUUUGGUUUGGGAUAUCGCCCGACCUUAAAGGAAAAGUUAAAAAAUGUUCAAAAGAGCCAGGAAAGGAGGAAAGCCAGGUUAGUCGGGGAAGAUAUUAAGUGGGAACCCAUGAAUUUCCCAUUGUUGCGUGACACCUUCAUAUAUGGGGGCCAUAUGUUUCAGGGGAGUCGAUCAUCAAAAGAGUAUGUUAUUGAAAAUACCCUGAAGGAUUUGGGCAUAAAUGUGAUAUCAGAGGAAGGAAUCGAACACGGAAGGGCUAUGGGCAUCUACCCCGCACCACCAGGCUUUUAUGUUGUUCGUGUUGACAUCGCGCAACUGUUGACCGUUUGGAAUAUUGAUCGGAGGUUCCGAUCACCAGCGAGAGGCCAAAUAUCGUCUGGAUUUGUUUUCUCUGAUUCACCACCGUCUACCGUCCGAUCGUCAUGA